CAAAUUUAUACCGUGAAGAGCAACGAUCACGUCAAUCAACAUGUUGACAGUGAUUACUCUCUCCUCACUACUAGUGCUCUCAUUUGGCGACAACGCCGCUUUUCAUUCUAAUGUGGCACAACGAUCAGCCUUUGGUGUACCGAUAUUGUUGCGGAUGUCGAAUGCCGAGAAAGAGCUGCCGCAAAUGGUCAAUUUAGCUGAAAAGUAUUUUUAAUUGGCCGAACUUGAAGACAGUGAAUCCUGGGAAACAGAAGUGUUACUUAAGGCUGACCAGACAAUCCACGUCGGCGAGACCGACGGCCCUUUGUUCAAAACGGCCUCAGGGACUUGGCUUCAGGACGAGCAUGGGCGGUUCGAAAUGUCUCUUUCUCGUCGAUAUGAUGCUGGGCACGAAAAGAGGAAGACUACCGACGUGGGAGAGUUUGAUUUUGAGGUCGGACGAGUUUAUUCUGGAGAACUUUCAUAUGUUGGUGCGUCAAUUGCUGUUUCUGGAUCUAUCCAUAUAAUCGAUGAGAAACUGGGUAAUGAAGAGGUGGGGUUUUUCAACCUAAUCGAUACGACUAGUUCGCGAAGGAACAUGGAUUCGUAAAAAACUCCUAUUCAUAUUCUAAACACUGACUAUCUAUCUCAUCAAGAGCAAAUGGUACUCUGAUGAUUAUUGUCAUAUAAAGC